CGGGGCAGUCGAAACUCGCGACAUCCGAGGCGCUCGAAACUUUCUCGCGCAGUACGCUACACGCUCUUUUCCACAAAAGUGCAAAUUUUAUCAUUGUUCGCUGCCGUAUUUGUCCAUACUAACACCGGUCAAGAUGAGUGACAAAAAGCCUAACGCCAGUUGGAUGUUCAGCAAAAAGACCAAAGAUGCCUGUGAGGAAAGGGAAAGAAGAAGACGAAGAAAAGAGUAUCGUCUCGGAUCGGACGAUUAUACUUGGGAGGAAGUUCCCGUGGAAGAACCCGAUGCGGAAGAGAUACUUGACGAAGACGAAGACGAAGACGAAGACUCGAGAGCGGCACGACCCAAUGCGGCACCGGUGGCAGCUACGCGGCGCGCGACACCCCCGACAACGAAAUGCUUCGAUUGGAUGUUCUCGAGCGUCGCGAAGAAUGCACGUAAAAAAAGGGAGGAAGAGGCGUUGCGAGGGAAAACUGAAGUUGAGCUAGUGGUCGACGAAGAUUCUGUGGAGAGCGAUGAUGCUGAUUUUCAAGCGGCUAUAUUGCAAUCAAUACGAAAGAGUGAUGAUGAUGAUGAUAUUCAAGCGGCUAUAUUGCAAUCAAUACGAAAGAGCGAUGAUGAUGAUAUUCAAGCGGCUAUAUUGAAAUCAAUGCAAGAAGAACCGACGGAAGAUACGCACGUUCCAGUGCAGCAACCAGAGCAGGACCUUGUUCCUAAAUUAAUUGAAGACGAAGUACAAAAUGUACCUGCAAAUACACCUGUCAAUGAUGAAGAUUCAGUGGCAGAUGCAACGAUAGGUGAAGAUGAACUAACGCCAGAAAUUCCAGAUGAUGUUAUUGAAGACGAUGAGAGUUUGCAAAGAGUUAUAAUGGAAUCAUUACAACAGCACUUAGUAGAUGCUCAAAAUGCAGAAAUUGCAGGGAUCAAACCUGAUGAGCAUUCGGAGUCUUCUGAAGAGAGCAAUGAAGGCGCAGCACCGUGUGUACAUGAAAAUAAAGCCUCAGCUGAACCCGAACCGAUGGAAACUAGUAUUGAUAAAGAACAGCGGCCAGACGGGGACGAUAUCGAAAAGGACAACGGAGACGCAGAAAAAAAUGCACCUAAAAAUGAAGAUUCAUCGAAACCCGAAUCGAAGGAUGUUCAAUUGGAAGCUACUGAUGUCAAAAAGGCGUGUAUCACGAAAUCUAUAGAUGACUGUAUUGAUGAUUUACUUAAUGGCCAAAUCAGAGCUCAAAAGUCAGGUGAAGGCGAUAGUAGUUCAGCUAUUGAUGAGAACGAUAUGUGUGAUACGACGGAUCCGGAGACACUUUACGAAAGCGACACCGAUGGCGAAGCAAAUCGAACAGACGAGGAUGGUGCUGAGCCCAGCGAAACAGAAGAAAAAGACGUAGAAUAGAAAUGGAACAAGAGUGUAAGGGAUUGCUGGUGUGCUUUCCUGUCAAAAAAUGUCUUUUCACCCAUUGAUCUCCCUCCAAGCCAUUCGACAGAAAUGUAAUACUUUUUAAAUUCUGACUAAUUGUAAAUACAUAAUUUAUAUGUAAUAAUCUUAUUGUACAAACUUCAGCCUAACAAUUUGUUAGUAAAAUCAAUAUUUCGUUGACUA